AUGCGUGGUGGAAGGUACACGACGCGGCUACUGGGUUCCGGCAACAAGGAGCUGGCUGCGUGCGAUAUCGUCAUCAAGAAUGGUGGACACUACACUCUGGCAGUUACGCAGGUGGCCCCCACGGAGACCAACUGCUCUCUGCACGAGACUGUGCGUCCCAACAGCCUCUCCAUGUUCUAUCAGAUUCCGCAGUACGUGCUCAUCACGGCGGGUGAAGUCAUGUUCUCUGUCACGGGGCUGGAGUUUUCCUACUCGCAGCCUUAUCUUCCAGCGUGA